AUGGCGCCGCCUUACGGACUCCCGUCGAAUACAAGAGAUUCGCUGGAACUCGCUUCCUUGGCUAGUUCAAGUCAGCCCAACGAAGAAGGAGCUACAGAGAUCUCGUCAAGGCCCAGCAUAUCGUCGUCGCGUAGACUGUCGCUCGAACAAGAUGACCCCCUCGACAGUGCAAAUCCUGCAAACAGGAUGAAUCGAUCAUACUCAGUAUCCUCAGCCUUUGACUUCUCCGCCAAUAUGUUUCCUCUAAGCUCUACGACUGGUGCCGAAGGUUACGCUCCCAUUGGAGCACCAACAUCAAGAUCAAGGCCGAGCGGCGGCUUAGGAGGAGGAUCAUUGGAGAAAAACAAGACUUUGACAUACUUGAACGGAUUGUCGCUGAUAGUGGGACUUAUUAUCGGCUCAGGAAUCUUCUCGUCGCCAGGAUCUGUGAGCACAAGAGUUGGGUCGCCUGGUGCAGCGAUACUCGUCUGGAUUAUCGCGGGUAUACUCGCUUGGACAGGCGCUGCAUCUUACGCUGAGCUCGGAGGAGCAAUCCCUCUCAAUGGCGGCGCUCAAGUUUACUUGGCCAAGACAUUUGGCGAGGUGAUAGGCUUCCUCUUUACAUGGGUUGCCAUGUUGGUUCUUAAGCCUGGUAGUGCCGCCAUCAUCGCCAUCAUCAUGGGCGAAUACUUUGUUCGAGCCUUCAUCGGUCCUGACGCUGAGCAUGUAAGCCCUUGGAUCAACAAGGCUGUUGCGCUUGUGGGGCUGUUCAUUGUAACGUUCUUGAACUGUGUGUCUACAAAGCUCGGCACGCGCGUUAACGAUACGCUCAUGUUUAUGAAAUUUAUCGCUUUACUGGGCGUCACCGUUAUUGGUAUUGUCGUUGCCAUCACAGGAAAGACGCUCAAGGGCAAGUCGGAAGUUGAGUGGAAGCCGCAUCAGCUGUUUGAAAACACAUCGACCGACAUGUCUGCCUGGGCUCUCGCCCUUUAUGCUGGUCUUUGGGCGUAUGAUGGCUGGGACAAUACAAACUACGUCGUUGGGGAGUUCAAGAACCCAACUAAAGACCUACCCCGAGUCAUCCACACAGCCAUGCCUCUGGUCAUCCUCUGCUAUGUGCUAGCUAACAUCGCCUACUUCCUUGUCCUACCUCUCGAGAGCAUGGACGGGUCUAAUACAGUAGCUGUCAUGUUUGGCAACCGAGUGUUUGGUUCCGUAGGCUCACUCAUUCUCGCACUCAUCGUUAGCGCCAGUUGUUUCGGUGCCCUCAACUCUUCGACGUUCACCUCCAGUCGUUUGGCAUAUGUAGCUGGAAAAGAGGGCUACAUUCCUUCGAUCUUUGGCACUAUCGGUAUUGGCGGCAGCCCACACGAGCACGAGCUCAGCACGCAGCGUACACGAAGUUGGUUCACGCGCAAGAUGCGAAGAAUGUUUGGCGAUGAAGAUGCUGGACUGUUUUAUACGCCAGUCUAUGCACUCCUUCUCAACGCUGUUCUUACAGUUGGUUACGUGGUUGUUGGCGAGUUUAGUACUCUCGUCACCUUCUAUGGCGUUGCAGGCUACACAUUUUAUUUCCUCACAGUUCUGGGUCUGAUUAUCCUGCGCGUGCGAGAGCCGGGACUCGUACGACCGUACAAGACCUGGAUCACGACGCCCAUUAUAUUCUGCUGCGUUAGUCUCUUCCUCCUCAGCCGCGCUGUCUUUGCACAGCCUUUCCAGACUAUCGCCGUCGUAUUCUUCGUGGUAGCUGGUGUGCCUGUUUAUUUCUGGCGUAUUAGAGGGCGGGACGAGCAGGUCUUGAGACGGAGAGGACAGCCCAGCGAGGAAAAGAAGUGGUGGCAAUUCUGGAAAUGA